GGCUGCUGGUGCUGGAGCGUCUGUCCUCCCUGAGAAUGGGGCACCGUUUUAUCAUCCCAACUGGUGGGACUGGACUGCCUCAGGAAAGGGUACCAGCUCCAGUGCAUUUUCCUAGUUUUCAUUUUAUCUUCGUAAAGCACAGAAGUACCUCCGGGAAUCUAUCCGGUCUGAUUCACCCCCUCUGACUAGCAAGAGGGAGAAGUUUCCCCUGGAAAGAGCCCCCCCAGAGGUGAAGCGGGAAGGAGAAAAACGAACCAAGAGCAAGGCUCGCAGCAAGGGUGUUCCUCCUGGUGGUUGUGGCUUGCUGAAAUCCUGCAGUCCCAGCCUUCAGAACAGAGCCCCAGCCUGGGAGAUUCACCCACUCAGCAUAUAUACACUUCCUUCCCAUAAGAAUGAGAAAGAAGAGAAAAAAAAAAAAAAACAAGCAAAAAACGGCCGGGGUUAAAAGUGCAGAAUCGUUUCUGGGGACACACAGUGUUUGUUUGGAAAGAGCUUUGGCUUCUGUGUUUUUCACUAUCAUUUUCUGAGCCGCAAACCCCAUGUCAAAUGGGCUCCCGGGACAACUGAGGCUGAAAUGUGACCCAGAGCUCCUGUGGGGCCUCUUGACCCCGCGAGGGAAUGGCAGACUGGUCUUGUAACUGCUCGCUGGCAGGCAGAGAAGCGGGGACUUCUGGGUGCCUCUGUCCUUACCUGGCUCCAGCGGGGCCAGGAGUCAGGAGAGUACACGGUCAUUAAUGAGGCCUGCCCGGGAGCCGAGUGGAAUAUCAUGUGUCGGGAGUGCUGUGAGUACGAUCAGAUCGAAUGCGUCUGCCCUGGAAAGAAGGAGGUAGUGGGCUACACCAUCCCUUGCUGCAGGAACGAGGAGAAUGAGUGCGACUCCUGCCUCAUUCACCCAGGCUGUACCAUCUUUGAAAACUGCAAGGCCUGCCGGAACGGCUCGUGGGGGGGCACGCUGGACGACUUCUACGUGAAGGGCAUCUACUGCGCAGAGUGCCGGGCGGGCUGGUACGGAGGAGACUGCAUGCGAUGUGGCCAGGUUCUGCGAGCCUCAAAGGGUCAGAUUUUGUUGGAGAGCUACCCUCUAAAUGCUCACUGUGAAUGGACCAUUCAUGCCAAACCUGGGUUCAUCAUCCAGCUAAGGUUCAUCAUGUUGAGUCUGGAGUUCGACUACAUGUGCCAGUAUGACUAUGUUGAGGUCCGUGACGGGGACAGCAGCAAUGGCCGGAUCAUCAAACGCUUCUGUGGCAAUGAGCGGCCAGCUCCUAUCCGGAGCACAGACUCUUCGCUCCACAUCCUCUUCCAUUCAGAUGGCUCCAAGAAUUUUGAUGGCUUCCAUGCUGUAUUUGAGGAGAUCACAGCAUGUUCCUCUUCUCCCUGUUUCCAUGAUGGCACUUGCCUCCUUGACAAAACCGGAUCUUACAAAUGUGCCUGCCUGGCAGGCUACACCGGGCAGCACUGUGAAAAUCUCCUUGAAGAAAGAAACUGCUCGGACCCUGGGGGCCCAGUCAAUGGGUACAAGAAGAUAACAGGUGGCCCUGGGCUUAUCAACGGGCACUAUGCGAAAAUCGGCACUGUCGUGUCCUUCUUUUGUAAUAACUCCUACGUUCUUAGUGGCAACGAGAAGAGAACUUGCCAGCAGAAUGGAGAGUGGUCGGGGAAACAGCCAAUCUGCAUAAAAGCCUGCCGAGAACCAAAGAUCUCAGACCUGGUGAGACGCAAAGUUCUUCCAAUGCAGGUUCAGUCAAGGGAGACGCCGUUACACCAGCUCUACUCCGCGUCCUUCAGCAAGCAGAAACUGCAGGGCGCCCCCACCAAGAAGCCAGCCCUUCCCUUUGGAGAUCUGCCCCCCGGGUUCCAACACCUGCACACCCAGCUCCAGUACGAGUGUGUCUCACCCUUCUACCGUCGCCUGGGCAGCAGCCGCCGGACAUGCCUCAGGACCGGGAAGUGGAGUGGACGUGCCCCGUCCUGCAUCCCUAUCUGUGGGAAAACUGAGAACAUCGCCGCUCCAAAGACCCAGGGGAUGCGCUGGCCGUGGCAGGCGGCCAUCUACAGGAGGGCCAGCGGGGUGCACGGUGGCAGCCUGCACAAGGACGCGUGGUUCCUGGUCUGCAGCGGCGCCCUGGUGAAUGAGCGCACCGUGGUGGUGGCUGCCCACUGCGUAACUGACCUGGGGAGGGUCACCAUGAUCAAGACAGCAGACCUCAGAGUCGUCCUGGGGAAGUUCUACCGGGAUGAUGACCGAGAGGAGAAGACCAUCCAGAGCUUGCGGAUUUCUGCAGUCAUCCUGCAUCCCAACUACGACCCCAUCCUGCUGGACACGGACAUCGCCAUCCUGAAGCUCCUGGACAAGGCUCGUGUCAGCACCCGCGUCCAGCCCAUCUGCCUCGCCGCCCCGCGGGACCUCAGCACCUCCUUCCAGGAGUCCCGCAUCACCGUGGCCGGCUGGAACGUCCUGUCCGAUGCCAGAAGCCCGGGCUUCAAGAACGACACGCUGCGCUCAGGGGUGGUCAGGGUGGUGGACUCGCUGCUGUGUGAGGAGCAACACGAGGACCACGGCAUCCCCGUGAGCAUCACGGACAACAUGUUCUGUGCCAGCCGGGACCCCGCUGCCCCUUCUGAUAUCUGCACGGCGGAGACGGGAGGCAUCGCGGCUGUGUCCUUUCCGGGACGGGCGUCCCCCGAGCCACGCUGGCAUCUGGUGGGGCUGGUCAGCUGGAGCUAUGACAAAACAUGCAGCCAUGGCCUCUACACGGCCUUCAGCAAGGUACUGCCUUUUAAAGACUGGAUCGAGAGAAACAUGAAGUGAGCCUCGGCGCCACUGAGGUGCCUUUCGUGGGUCCAUCUCUACGUGGGUUGCCUGAGGCAGUGUGGACCUGAAGUUUGAUUCUGCCUGUGAAUUCGGCUGGGCCGGUGCUUCUGACUUCAAGCUCAAAACUCAGUGGAGAGUGAGUAGAGCUCGCUUUUUGGUAGACCGCUGCCUUCCUGGCUGCUGAGACCAUUUGGAAGACACCACGGCUGCUUUGCAAGGACGGAGUCUCCUCCAAAAAGACUGUGGGAAUAGCAGAGAAGUGGUCCCCGUUCCACCAGCCCAGUGGCUUUGCCCACCUGCCCUAUGGUGGUGUGAAUGUCCUGGCCAGCUCUGGCGGAGACAGCAUUGGCCAAGAAGUCUGGGUUUCAUGGGGUCUCUUCCAAGACUCUAGCCAGACCACGUUCCAAAGAGCCGCCCGUGGGACAGCCCGGGACAGCGGAGCCUGGAUGUGGCUCUGGCUUUUGUGUACAUUGCCACCGUAAAGCGUGGUCCUUCUCUUUCUCAAUCCCCUGUCCAUAUUUUAAUAAAACGAGGGUUGGCUUCUGACCUACAGAA